CUUGCCUUGCGCUCGACCUCGCCCGAUCCUAGAUCAUCUGCCCGGGGGCAUUCCCGCUGCUCGCUCUCCGUCCCAGCCAUGAGCCGCUCUCAGCCCGUGACCCAGUUUGCCUACCGAUCCAACACGGGGCUCGUCGUGAGCAACGGUCCGCCCGAGAAUGCCCCGAUCACCGGUUUCAGCCCGUCCUCCGAGACCCGAUCGUUCCUGUACAGCACGGACGGCAGAUAUCUUGCCUGGAUCCUCGACACUGGCAUCCAGGUUUCGGAUGCCAACCAAGGCACGCUCGUGCAGAACAUCGAUCUGAAGAAUGUGAUCGAGAUCCAAUUCUCGCCCCGUGGCCAGUUCAUCACAACCUGGGAACGAUACAACAAAACCCUCGAUGCCGAAACCAACCCCCACAAGAACGUGACUAUCUGGGAUGUGGCAACCGGAGCAAAGCUGACUGGAUUCACCCAGAAACAGCAGAAUGCUUGGAAGCUCGAAUGGACCGAGGACGAGGCCUACUGCGGAAUCAUGGUCACUGGCGAGGUUCAAUUUUACGACACCAGCAGUUUUUCAAAAGGAAUCGUCUCGCGCUUGAAGAUUGAGAACAUCAAGGAUUUCUCGAUUUCGCCUGGAAAGCGCUCCGUCGUGGCCGUCUUCAUUCCUGAGAAGAAUAGCCAGCCUGCCUCGGUCCGCCUCUAUGACGUCCACAGCCUGGCCGGACAGCCUCUGGCCCAAAAGACUUUCUUCAGAGCCGAUUCGAUAGAAUUCCACUGGAACCAGCUUGGCACCCACAUUCUCGUGCUUGCCCGAACCGACGUCGACAAAACCGGACAGUCCUACUACGGCGAAACCAGCCUGUACUUCCUCGCGAUCGCCGGCAACUACGACUGCCGCGUCACCCUGGACAAGCCCGGCCCCAUCCACGACGUGUGCUGGAGCCCCAACUCUAAGGAGUUCAUCGUUGUCUAUGGCAUCAUGCCUGCCAAGGCCACCCUCUUUGAUCAUCGCGCCAACUCCAUGUACGAGUUUGGCAUGGCUCCCCGAAACUUUGUCAAAUUCAACGCUCAGGGCAGACUCAUCUGCAUCGGCGGAUUUGGAAACCUUGCCGGCGAGCUGGAUGUGUGGGAUCGCAUCGGCUUCAAGAAGCUUACCACAAUCAACGCCACCAACUCGUCCAGCUGCCAGUGGUCUCCUGAUGGGCGUCACAUCAUGACCUCGACUCUCUAUAAGCGCAUGAAGGUCGACAACGGCAUCAAGAUCUGGCACCACUCUGGCGCACUCGUUUACAAGCUCGACGUCAAGGAGAUGCAUCAGAUUGGCUGGAAACCUGCGCCUCCCGAGUUCUUCCCCCAUCGCAAUGCCCUGUCUCCUCCUCCUGCCACGCAGCUUGCUGCAGCCGCCCCCGCCAAACCAGUCGGCGUCUACCGCCCCCCAGGUGCUCGCGGCGGCCUCGGAUCGCCCUCUUUGCGGCGCGGCGAGGAUGGCACUCUGCAGGCUGUUAACUCUGCCCGCAGCGUGCCUGGUGCUUCGACCGUCCCCGGCGCUCCCUCGAACGACGGCAAGAGUCACAAGCGAAAGGAAGGAUUCGGAACGCCAUCGCCGGCCCCGUCUGCUCCGGCAACGCCCAAGCCUGGAGCUGCCAACGCCGACCUCGAGAAGCGCAUCAAGAACCUCAACAAGAAGCUCAAGCAGAUUUCGGAGAUCAAGACCAAAAUCGCUGCUGGCGAGAAGGUCGAACUGACCCAGAUCCAAAAGGUCGAGUCCGAGGCCGGCCUGAUGAAGGAGCUUGGCGAGCUCAUGUCCAUCGCAAAGUAAGGGGGUAGUGAGCCAACCGAGACUUCCCCCCCCCCGAGUCGCCGACCAAUCAAUCCCCCCCUGGUGCUGCAAGAGGACGGAGGCGAGACACAACACUGAGCGAGAGAAGAAUGGGAGGUGCCAUGGCGAUGAAUCGGCUCGUGCUGGAUUGGAGAAGGAGUGCGGCUGGAGCUGCAUUCGCUCAAAUACAGCGCUAUCCUCCUCCAUCGUUGGGUACCCAAUUCGUGUCGAAGUGUUUGGUGCCCACAGUCUGGAUGCAGAUUCAAGGGC